AUGAAGGUCUCAGAGUUGAGAAAGAGAAUAAGAACACCUCGUAGGAUAUUCUUGUUGGAAGUUAUGCCAGGAGGAGAAGGAAUUGGGGUGUUUGAGGGUCCAACAUCUUUUUGGCUAAUUAAAAACCUCACUCGUAUCUCUGGUGAUAGAUUAGAACUGAUAUCCACAGAUGUUCCAGCUAUGGUGAAGUCCAAGUCACUUCCUGUGACCUCACCCUACCUACCCUUACCUCCCCUAACUUACCUAUCUCCCUUCACCUCACUUCCCGUCCCCUCACCCUACCUCACCCCUACUCCCUUACCUCACCCUCCCUCUCCUUACCGCCCCUUAACUUACUCUACCUCCCCUGAAUUCACCCUACCUCCCUUACUCACCUCAUCUCACCCCCCACCCCCUCACCACAGCUCACCUCCCGUCCCGUCACCCUACCUCAUCCCGACCCCAUUACCUCACCCUACCUCCCUUAACCUAACCCUACCUCCUCACCUCACCCAUUGA